UCCCAGGACAGUCUCGCCAACAGUCUAUGCCUUCGCAGCCAGGUCUCAUGCACUCUCCCAACUCCUACACGUCUCCUAGCCAGCUUCCUGCAUCCAUCUCACAGGGUGUUGCGAUGAUUCAGCAGCAGCAGCAACAGCAGCAGCAACAACAACAGUCGCUCCAACAGCAGUCAUCGGACCCAGACUGGGUGAAUGCACAGCGACCGCCACAAACACUUGUAUCAGCAUCACGGCCGGUGUCAGCUUCGUUUGGUCGUGCGAGCGGGGAGCAUGCGUUUGCACCGCCAAAUGGGCACACUCCGCCACCAGUACAGAUGCGGCAGCGCUCGUGAGGCGCCCUUACCAUGGUCUCUUGAAUUGGAUGACCACUCCAGUUGUGCCUACGAUUCAUAGUGGCCUUGCUAUUCGCUCUCAGAACUUUCACUCUCUCCAUGCUGUAUAACUCUUUCUGACUUGACUUUGACUCUACGUGCCCAUACGCGGCGCCAGCUCCACACCACACACCAUAGCAUUCUGCACGACGCGCGCGUCUGUCUGCCAGGAUGAUAUCGCAUAUCUGUAGUCCACUAUAACGCUUUGGAAUUUUCAUAUUCGUUAUCCUUCCUGUUCUUCGUUCUCUCCGUUCCGUUUUUCCUCUUUCUUUUCCUUGCGAACUCAUUUUUUGCAUCCUCGCUCGCUUAACAUGCACAGGUAACAUUAUGAACACGGACAGUGGCACGAACAUCGACAAUAAUGAUACCCCUUGAAGCUCGAGGCUUGACCAGUG